CAUUGACCUGUGAGACCGCAGAAGAAGGAAGUAAUCCUCCCACUGAACGCUGUGCUGUGGCUGAGAGUGUGAAGCUCAAAAGUCAUAUGCAGCUCCACUCCACGCCAGCCUGCAGUGGUGCUUGAAGGUUUCUAUAGAGCAUCAUGUACACUACGGAUGAGGAGGGCCCCAUCAUAGAGGCCCCUGAUGUGACCAACGGGACAGAAAGGCAAAGAACAUUAAAACAGUUUCCUCCGUAUGGAUCUGUGAAUGGAAACUCAAAAGGAGACAUCUGCCCCACGUGUCGAGGGAGCGGGAGGAUUCCCAGAGGUCAUGAGGACGAGCUAGUAGCAGUCAUACCGUGUAACGACGUACGGCUGAAACCCAGACGCACGAAGCUGUAUGUGUCUUCCAUUGUGGCCGUGUGUAUCUGUUUGUGUAUCUGCUGCCUCAUCCUCUUUUUCCUCUUCCCUCGGAGUGUCUCCCUGACACCUGUCUCUGUUCUGUCAGUCAUGGUCUACUUCACACCAGACACAGUGGACUUGGAGGUCACAAAUCUCAUCAACGUUACCAACAAGAACUUUGUCCCAGUUCAAAUCAUAGACUUCACUGUUCAGGGUCUGGUCACUGAUAUACUUCUUGGAAAGACCAAGAUCUCUAAUAUGACUGGUAUCCAACCUCGCACAGAGAACGCAGGGUAUAAAAUACCAGCUAAACUGUCAAUUUCAGAUACAGGAUUAAACUUCUACUGCAAGUCAAACUCCAUAAAGAUUCACACAUUAUUUCUGCAACUGCAAAUGACUAUGAAUAUUUCCUACCUCUCCCACAUGGAGCAAGUGUCUAUGACUACCUUCGAGUACAUUGACUGUGGCACCAACUCAACAACACCACGGCCCAUAACAUCUGCCCUGCGGUACAUGGAGUCUUAAAUCCAUCACUGCAGCAGGUUUUUCAUUCUUUUUUUCAGCCUUCCCAAUAAAUCUGUGAGAUAAUAUCAGGAAACUGUGUUAAAUGACAAGCAUUUGUGUAAUUACUCUGUAUUUCCAUGUAACGUCUGAAUCAUCUGCACUGUUUUGACUUCACAAUGCAUCUGUAAUUUUUUUUUGUGUGCAAAGUUUGUGCCGUAAGCUUUGCUCAGAAGCACUUUAUUAAACCCUGGCAUUCAGUGUCAGGUAUUUCUGGCUAUUUAAAAAAGCAAAACAAAACUGAUUUGCACAUUUUGAUUAAAAUAAAGGAAAUGUUUUGUAUAAUUGUU